GGCGGGGCUCUCUGAGGCGCUCAGCCGGCUUUAAAACUCCGCCGAGCCUUGACAGGUGAAGUCGUCGCGGGGACGACGCGGUCAGAGCCAACCGCCUGGACGCCCCGAGGGGGCGGGGGGCGCGCGCUACGGAGCCAUGGAUUGCACGUUCGAAGACAUGCUCCAGCUCAUCAACAACCAAGACAGCGACUUCCCUGGCCUGUUUGAUCCACCCUAUGCUGGGGGUGGGGCAGGGGACACAGAGCCUGCCAGCCCCAGUGCCAGUUCCCCAGGCAGCUUGUCUCCGUCUCCUGCCUCACUGAGCUCCCCUUUGGAAGCCUUCCUGGGGGACCCUAAGGCGGCAUCCCCACCUUUGUCCCCUCCCCAGUCUGCACCCACCCCCUUGAACAUGUACCCAUCUGUGUCCCCCUUCUCCCCUGGUCCUGGUAUCAAAGAAGAGCCAGUGCCACUAACCAUCCUGCAGCCCCCUACCCCACAACCCCUGUCGGGGACUCUCCUGCCCCAGAGUUUUGCAUCCUCAGCCCCCCCACAGUUCAACUCAGCCCCUGUGUUGGGUUACUCCAACCUUCCUGGAAGCUUCUCAGCAGGGACCCCUCCUGGGAGCACCCAGCAGCCGCUGCCUGGCCUGCCACUGGCUUCCCCGCCAGGGGUCCCACCUGUCUCCUUGCAUAGCCAGGUCCAGAGUGCGGCCCCCCAGCAGCUGCUGACAGCCACAGCGGCCCCUGGAACGACCACUGUAACUUCACAGAUCCAGCAGGUCCCGGUCCUGCUGCAGCCCCACUUCAUCAAGGCAGACUCCCUGCUCCUGACCACCAUGAAGACCGAUGUGGGGGCCACUGUGAAGGCUGCGGGUAUCAGCUCCCUGGCCCCCGGCACAGCUGUACAGACAGCGCCCUUGCAGACCCUGGUGAGUGGCGGAACCAUCCUGGCCACAGUCCCACUGGUUGUGGACACUGACAAGCUGCCCAUCAACCGGUUGGCAGCCGGCAGCAAGGCUGCGGGCUCAGCCCAGAGCCGUGGCGAGAAGCGCACAGCCCACAAUGCCAUCGAGAAGCGCUACCGCUCUUCCAUCAACGACAAGAUAGUGGAGCUCAAGGACCUGGUGGUGGGCCCCGAGGCAAAGCUGAAUAAGUCUGCUGUCUUGCGCAAGGCCAUCGACUACAUCCGCUUCUUACAACACAGCAACCAGAAACUCAAGCAGGAGAACCUAAGUCUGCGAACUGCUGCCCACAAGAGCAAAUCACUAAAGGAUCUGGUGUCCACUUGCAGCAGUAAAGGAAACACAGAUGUGCCCAUGGAGGGUGUGAAGACUGAGCUGGUGGACACACUGACCCCACCACCUUCAGAUGCCGGCUCACCCUCCCAGAGCAGCCCCUUGUCCCUUGGCAGCCGGGGUAGUGGCAGUGGUGGCAGCAGCAGUGACUCGGAGCCUGACAGCCCAGUCUUUGAGGACAGCCAGGUGAAGCCAGAACAGCUGUCAUCUCCCCACAGCCUGGGCAUGCUGGACCGCUCCCGCCUGGCCCUGUGCACACUUGUCUUCCUUUGUCUGUCCUGUAACCCCCUGGCCUCCCUGCUGGGUGGCUGGACGCUUCCUGGCCCCUCAGAUCCUGUGGGUAUCCACCACAGUUCUGGGCGCAGCAUGCUGGGCACUGAGGGCAGAGAUGGCCCUGACUGGGCCCAGUGGCUGCUGCCCCCUGUGGUCUGGCUGGUCAAUGGGCUAGUGGUGCUGGCUUUCUUGGCAUUUCUCUUUGUCUGUGGGGAGCCGGUGACACGGCCCCACUCCGCCCCUGCUGUGAACUUCUGGAGACAUCGCAAGCAGGCUGACCUGGACCUGGCCCGGGGGGACUUCGCCCAGGCUGCUCAGCAGCUAUGGCUGGCCUUGCAGGCGCUGGGCAGGCCCCUGCCCACCUCCCACCUGGACCUGGCCUGCAGCCUGCUCUGGAACCUCAUUCGCCACCUGCUGCAGCGACUCUGGGUGGGCCGCUGGCUGGCCGGCCAUGCUGGGGGCCUGAGAAGGGACUGUACCCUGAGGGCAGACGCACGCACCAGCGCCCGAGAUGCAGCCCUCGUCUACCAUAAGCUGCACCAGCUGCACACCAUGGGGAAGUACACGGGUGGGCACCUGGCUGCCACCAACCUGGCACUGAGUGCUCUGAACCUGGCAGAGUGUGCGGGGGAUGCCGUGUCCAUGGCAACGCUGGCGGAGAUCUAUGUGGCAGCUGCCCUGAGGGUCAAGACCAGUCUGCCAAGGGCCCUGCACUUUCUGACACGCUUCUUCCUGAGUAGCGCCCGCCAGGCCUGCCUGGCACACAGUGGCUCAGUGCCUCUUGCCAUGCAGUGGCUCUGCCACCCCGUGGGCCACCGUUUCUUCGUGGAUGGGGACUGGGCCGUGCGCAGUGCCCCGCGGGAAAGCCUGUACAGCUUGGCCGGGAACCCAGUGGACCCCCUGGCCCAGGUGACACAGCUGUUCCGUGAACAUCUCCUGGAGCGUGCACUGAACUCUGUGGCCCAGCCCAGCCCCAACCCCAGCCCCGGGUCAGCUGAUGGGGACAGGGAAUUCUCAGAUGCCCUUGGAUACCUGCAGCUGCUGACCAGUUGUUCUGAUGCUGCUGGGGCUCCUGCAUGCAGCUUCUCCAUCAGCUCUAGCAUGGCCGCCACCACCGGUGAGCCUGAGACCCUGAGACCCCUGCCCCGGGCUUCCUGCUCAGCCCAGACACUGUGGCUGAAGGUUCAGGGCACCCCUCCAUCCUCUGCAGGCACAGACCCUGUGGCCAAGUGGUGGGGCUCACUGACGGCGGUGGUGAUUCACUGGCUGCGGCGGGAUGAGGAGGCAGCUGAGCGGCUCUACCCCUUGGUGGAGCACCUGCCCCGUGCCCUGCAGGAGACGGAGAAACCCCUGCCCAAGGCGGCCCUGCACUCCUUCAAGGCUGCCCGGGCUGUGUUGGGUCGUGGAAAGGCAGAGUCUGGCCCAGCCAGCCUGGCCAUCUGUGAGAAAGCCAGCGGGUACCUGAGGGACAGCCUGGCCACCACACCAACUGGCAGCUCCAUUGACAAGGCCAUGCAGCUGCUCCUGUGUGACCUGCUCCUCGUGGUCCGCACUAGCCUGUGGAGGCAGCAGCAGCCCCCAACGUCAGCACAGGUGGCUCAGGGUGCCAGCAGCGGCCCCCAGGCCUCUGCCCUCGAGCUACGUGGCUUCCAACGGGACCUGAGCGGCCUGAGGUGUCUGGCACAGAGCUUCCGUCCUGCCAUGAGGAGGGUGUUCUUACACGAGGCCACAGCCCGGCUGAUGGCAGGGGCCAGCCCUACCCGGACACACCAACUCUUGGACCGCAGUCUGAGGCGGCGGGCAGGUCCUGGUGGCAAAGCCCUGUGUGCGCAGGCGCGGCGGGGGAGCUGGAGCCGCGGCCCACGCGGCGGGAGCACGCAGAAGCUCUGCUACUGGCCUCCUGCUACCUGCCGCCUGGCUUCCUGUCGGGGCCGGGGCAGCGCGUGGGCAUGCUGACCGAGGCGGCUCGCACGCUUGAGAAGCUGGGCGAUCACCGGCUUCUGCACGACUGCCAGCAGAUGCUCAUGCGCCUGGGUGGUGGGACUACAGUUACCUCCAGCUAGACCUCCGGCGUCGUCCAGUCUCAGUGUCCCGGUCUCCACGGCUCACCCGCGGCCGCUCCGUCCCUGAGGGGUGGGAGGCGGGAGGCGCAACCCACCACCCCAGCCCGCUCCUCAACUUGACAAGCGGCCGUCAGGAUGGUGCUGACCUCUGGUGGCCGAUCGGGGAAUUACAGGAGCCGAAUCGGCCGUGUUCCCCCCACCGCCCUUGCUCUGCAGGCACCUUAGUGGCUUUUUCCUCGCUUUUCUAGGGGGAGGAGGGGGUACCUUUCUUUGAGCUGAGGGGGCCCUUCCCCAAGGUACCUCUUUCCCUUCUGGGGGAAGACUUGUACAUAGUGUAGAUGGGUGGGCCCCCGUGGGCCAGCCUCCUUGCCUCGGAGGCUCAUGUGCUACUUUUGCAAACUUUAUUUUCGUAGGUUGAGAAGUUUUGUACAGAGAAUAAAAAAUGACGUUAUUUAUAA